AUGGCAAAUGGCCUUACCCAAGCCACGUCAAGUGUGUCAUUCUCAAAGGGAGAGGUUGAGAAGGUGUUUAUCAUCCAAAAGAAAACUUUCUCUUCUGUCCUAGAAGAAGGAGCAUUUGAGGUGGGGAAUUUGGACGAGGUUCAACUAGAUUGGAGGUCCUCGGUCAUUCAUUAUCUCCAAAAUCCUGAUGCUAGAGUUGACCGAAAGACGAGAUAUCAUGUGUUGAACUAUCUUCUACAUGGUAACGAGUUGUAUAAGCGAGGUCAGGAUGAUCUCCUACUCAAGUCUUUGGGGUUGAAUGAGUCGAUGCUCAUUAUGGCCGAGGACUAUAUCAAGUAUGUGAAGGGGUGCCAGGCAUGUCAAAGGCAUGUGCCCAUGCAAGGUGUGCCUGCAACACAGCUUCAUCCCAUCGUCAAUCCAUGGUCGUUCAGGGGAUGGGCCCUUGAUCUGAUUGAGAAGGUGACUCCCCCAUCGGCCCAGGGGCAUGUGUUUGUUAUCGUGGCAACCGAUAACUUUACAAAGUGGGUGGAGGCCGUGCCAAUGAAGUUGGUCAGCCAAGCUGACGUGAUUAGGUAUGUGAGGCAUGAGUUAAUACAUCAUUUCGGCCUGCCUGAGACCCUUACCUGUGACAAUGGGUUAGUUUUCUCUGGAGGGGAGGUAUCUCAGUUCACACGGGAGUAUGGUAUAACAGUUACCUUUUCAAUACCCUAUUAUGCACAGCGCAACGGUCAAGCAAAGGCAAGUAACAAGGUUAUCAAGGUAAAUUUAUCCAAGGUUAUCAAUGACAACCCAAGAUCCUGGGCGGAGAUGCUGUCAGAAGUGCUGUGGUCUUUCAUGACUUCAAAGAGGAUGGUGAUGGGGAUGGCCCCCUAUGCGCUAACCUUUGGUUAUGAUGCUAUCCUGCCUAUGGAGGUGACCGUGAAGUCUCUGCGAGUGGCAAGACAUUAUGAGAUGACCCCAAGUCAGUACAAGGACUCCAUGAUGGCCGAGCUCGAUGAUCUGGAUGAGGAGCGUCUCUUGGCUCUUGACCGGGUGCAGGCCCAGAAGGCCAAGGUGGCUAAGGCCUAUAACAAAAUGGUUAGGCCUAAGGCGUUUACUGAAUCUGACUUAGUUUUCAAAGCUGUGUUCCGAUCGGACACAAGGACCCCAAAUUUGGGAAGUGGUCACCCACCUGGGAAGGACCGUUUGUGGUGCAUCAGGUCUUAA